AUGCCUUAUCCAUUGCCAUCCUUACCCCCAACCCUCUUCCCUACAUACUUGGUGCCAUCUCUUCCGUUCCGCCGACGCAAGAGUAGUACGAAUAGCACAGCAUCUACCACUACAAACGAAGAAAGCAGCAGUGUGCCAUCGACCGGUUCCUCAUUUCUCGCAAAUCACGAGGCGCAUCUGCGUUGCGCGCGAUGUCUCUCUGACAUCGCACUGGCUUCACAAAUUGUGUCCAAAGGCUUCACAGGCCGCCACGGACGUGCCUACCUUGUGGCCUCGUCAGAGCCAKCAGCUUCGACCCCAGCCAAUCUUCUCCCCAACGCGAAGGCCAAGAAUGACGCUCUCCCCAACCUGCCCAACACUUACACGCAUAAGCCCACGCCGCGUCAACUGGUGACAGGAGCGCAUACUGUGGGCGAUAUCAGCUGUGCACAAUGCGGAAGUGUGUUAGGCUGGAAGUACAUUGCCGCCGAAGAGGAUAGCCAAAAGUACAAGAUCGGAAAGUUCAUUCUGGAGAYGAAAAGAGUGCUCAGGACCAGUCUUUGGGAAUCUCGUGACGAUGAUCAUGAGAGGAGUACAGGACCAUUACCUCCAAGCGCGCUCACGUCCGUCGAUACUGCCAUCGAAUUCGACAGUCAGGACGAGGACGAAUGCGAGGACUUGUUCCUGGGAGUCUGGACUCCUCAAUUGGCGAGAAAGCGCAGACGAGAGAAGCGUUUGACCGACUGA